CUAGCCGUUGUAAAGAUUUUAGACGAUGUCAUAUCGUGAUCGCGGUGGCGGCGGUGGUUCACGGGCACCGCGCGUCUCGCUGGUUGUCCGCAACUUACCACUAGACAUUCGUGCUGAGGACCUUCGCUCCAAGUUUGAGAAGUAUGGCGAGUUGAAGGAUGUUUACAUUCCACGCGAUUACUACACGCAGCGGCCCCGUGGAUUUGGAUUCGUUGAGUUUAAGGACACCCGUGACGCCGAGGAUGCGAUGUAUUCGCUAGACCGGUCGACUAUCAACGGACGCGAGAUUUCGGUUACGUUUUCCAGGGAGGGCCGCAAGACGCCACGCGACAUGAUGAAGAUUGAAGCACGACAGAAGGGCUAUGACGACCGGUAUGAUGACCGGCGGCAUGACGAUCGGCGGCAUGACGACCGCCGGCACGACGACCGCCGGCAUGAUGACCGCCGCCGCAGCAGGAGCCGGUCGCCGCGGCGUCGGUACAGCCGAUCACCCCGACGCAGUCGCAGCCGGUCGCCACGCCGCAGCCGAGAGCGGGAGCGGGACCGUAGUCCCCGCGAGGCCAGCCCUCGUGACCGUAGCCCGCGCGACCGUAGCCCUCGUGAGCGCAGCCCACACGAGUUAAGUCCCCGGGACCGGGAUAAUGGCCGGGAGCCAAGUCGGGACCGCAGCCCCCGGGAACGGGACUACGAACGUAGCCCCCGAGAACGGGAUUACGAGCGUAGCCCGCGGGAGCGAAGCCUCAGUCGAGGCCGGAGCCCCUCCCCACGGAGGGAGUCACCGCCCAGGCCUGAAGCUGCUAUGGAGGAGAUGUGAUGCAUCUUCUGGUGGAAUGACGUUGUUAGGUUUGGGCGUUGAUUGUGUAUAUCACCUUGUGUAACUAAGCGAAAAGUCAUGCACAGUGCUGUGAACGUGAGAUUGUUGUAACCGUGUGUAGGACGAUGUUCUGUUACAUUUAGUAAGUCCUGGAGCCAGGGGCUGAAGGAUCAGACUGUGUGAAACGAAAUACUGACGAGUGUCACGACGUUUUGAUAUGUAAUUUAGGGCCCUGAUGUAGUAAAAUGCCGGCAUGAUACCCAAGUUAUUCCCCGGAUCCCCCGGGCCUGUAAGACGCGAUUGGUAUGA